AUGGCACCUUUCAGUUUCGUUAAAAAGGAAAGGCGAUUAGUUUUUUCGUUAAAUUAUGGUAACAUUGAUGCUGUGCUGGCUAAGAUUGUGACAUUGGAGAGAGCAGUCAAGCUUGGAAAGAAAGACCAAAAUUUACUGAUUGAGAAUAUUGUCCAGAGCAGACAGAAUGAGGGUCUGGAAUUAUUCUCCCGAGGGGGUCAGAGUAUAUUUCUGGUCCUCUCCUCCACGUCAAAGAGGAACAGUCUCUAUGAUAAGUUGGUGGGGGUGAGGGGUGUGUCCCUACAGGUUCCUGAUCUGACUGAUGCUACUCAGAAGUGGCAAACUGGAGAAAUAUCUAAUUAUGAUUACCUCAUGUUCCUUAACUUUGUUGCUGAUCGGAGUUUUAAUGAUAUCAUGCAAUAUCCUGUGUUACCAUGGAUACUAGCUGACUACACUAGUACUACCCUAGAUUUAACAAAACCGGAUACAUUCAGAGAUUUAUCUAAACCAAUAGGAGCACUGAAUGAAGAGAGACUAACAUUCUUUAAAGAUCGUUAUGCUGAGAUGUCUGGAAGGAAGUUUCUCUAUGGCACUCACUACUCAGCACCUGGUUAUGUACUGUACUAUCUAGUCAGAACUGCUCCAGAGUAUUUGUUGUGUUUACAAAACGGACGAUUUGAUCAUCCAAACCGACUCUUUCACAGUGUAUCAAGGACAUGGGACAAUGUGUUAACGGAUCAUGCUGAUGUGAAAGAACUCAUCCCUGAGUUUUAUCAACCCCCUGGAGAUUUCCUUCUCAAUUUUCAAGGGUUAAAUCUAGGCAUCAGAAGUGAUGGUGAUCGUGUUAAUGAUGUCAUACUACCUCCCUGGGCUAAAAAUGCUAGAGAGUUCACCAGUAAGUGUUUGGAGUCCCUGGAGUGUGAGUAUGUAUCAGAGAGACUGCACAAUUGGAUUGAUCUUAUCUUUGGAUACAAGCAACAAGGGACUGAAGCUAUGAAAGCCAAUAACUUAUUUCAUUAUUUAACGUACGAAUCAUCAGCUGCAGUUGAUCAUCAGUUUCUUGAUCCAGCUAUGAAGGCGGCCAUUGAACUUCAGAUUAAAGAAUUUGGCCAAACACCAAAACAAUUAUUCAAAGAACCUCACCCGAAGCGUAGAACCAACUCAGACCCUAAACCACCAGAACCAAAGAUUGAAACCGAGAGAGAACUGUCAAGAGAACUAUCAUCAACCGCCAGUAUAGGGAGCUUCAGUGAGGACUGGGUCUUUGUACAGACUGAUGAAGCUCCUCCACUUGAAGAUAUUAGUAAAGGUAUUGCUAGUACAUGCAGUGGAUUGAAACUUAGAAAAAUGCAGAAAAUACACAAAGAUAUCAUAUCUUGUGUGAGAUUGUCUCAUGAUUGUAAAUCAGUUUACACAGUAUCACAUGAUAAGUUGCUAAAGGUUCAUGGAGUGAAUGAUGUAUCAAUGAUUGGCAGUUUCUCAAUAUCAAGUCUACCAUUAUCCAGUAUGACUGUUCUUCCCAGUACUAGGACAGUAGCUGUUGGUUCUUGGGACAAUAACGUGUAUCUCUAUUCCAUUGAAUACGCUUCAAUCAUUGAUUCGUGUUAUGCUCACGACAGCUCAGUAACGUGCGUUUGUUAUAAGAACGGUCGACUGGUCACUGGUUCAUGGGACUCCACGGUUAAGGUUUGGGAUUUUCCUUAUGACAAGAAUUCCUCUGGAAAACCUCCUCCACCUAAUAUGAUAGCCGAGUUAGAUCAUGAUAAUGAGGUUACAUCACUUGAUAUUAAUAAUGAUGUCACUCUAGUAGCUUCAGGAGUAUCUGAUGGGUAUUUAGCUGUAUGGGAUAUUGAACAUGAAGCAAAAGAAUUUGAAUUUAAAGCUCAUGAUAAUGAUGUAUUAUCAGUGACCUUUAGUCCUGAUGGCUCUAGUGUUUGUACUACUGGUGCUGAUGGCUUUAUUAAGUUAUUCUCAGUGAAAGAAAGAUCAGAAUCAAUUGCUGUGAAGAGAGAAGAAGCCUACUGUUGUGUAGUAUGGUUACAGUCCCAGUUAUUAGCAGGUGGUAUGAACGGGUCAUUAUCUUUAUUGGACUCUAAUACACUCAACAUUAUAUCAACCAUUAAAAAUCACACAGAUGCUAUUACGAGUAUUGACGUUUCUUUGAAUGACAAUAUCGUUGUGACUGGAGGAAAGGAUAAAUGUCUGGGGGUGUGGUCACUUGUAUAAAUAACAAUCAUUUUUUAUUUUAUUAAUAGAACUUUCUCUCUCUUUUAUUCUCUGGC